CCUCUCUCACUCACAUACACACACACUCUCCUCCUCCUCUCUUCUAUCAGCUGAUGCCUGAAAAUACCACUGCUGGCCAGGAAGUGCUCCACAAAAUAAAAACGAAAGCACACAGAGGAUUCGAGUCAACAUGCGCUAAUGCUCCGGAUACUCUCGGGCGCUGGUUAGGUGAAAUAAGAAAGAGGAGAAGAUGGCACAUCAGGGCAGAGGUCAGGCCUGGGGGAAACUGGUUAAAGUUGACGCAUCUCCGGGUUCAGAGAUAUUGCUCAUAAAUAGGGAAUGCACUGUGGGAAGAAAAAAAGAUUGUGACCUCUCAUUUCCGGCUAAUAAACUGGUCUCAGGGAAUCAUUGCAAAAUCACUCAAGAUCAGCUCUCAGGAAAGGUGUGGCUGGAGGACAUGAGCACCAAUGGGACAGUGAUCAACAUGUCCAAAGUGGUGAAGAAACAGACGCACUUACUGCAGAAUGGUGAUGUCAUUUACUUUGUGUACAGGAAGAAUGAGCCAGAGCAAAACAUUGCUUAUGUUUAUCAGGCCAUCAGGCCAGAAGAAAGUGCCUCACAGGGCGCUGAAGAUGCUGGGAGAGAAGAAGAUUCUGAUCUGACGGAAACCGAGAGUGAACCAGCACCAGUAGAGCCUGUUAUUGUGAAGCCUCUACCUCAGUCUGGGCAUGAGGACCCCCAGCCAUCUACCUCCAGCUCGUCCUUCCACUUCUACAACAUGUCCUUAUCUACCUGCUCUGCAGAUGUGUCUGCAAAGAAGAACCCAGUCAGUUCUUUGGUUGUUCGUAAAGCAGAAUCAGAGAUGACUGCACCAGCAGGCAGCCCUGGGGAGCCGGUCAUGAAUCACACCUGCCUGAAGUGGACCUACUGGACUGAGGGAGGACAGCAGACGGAGCCGGAGGUGGAAAUACAGAGGAAAAGAAGAAAAAUUGACAGAGAUGAUCAGAAUGAGUUUGGAUCUUCUCUCAGUGACUCUGCUGUUUCUGCAGCAGCUCCUCAGGGCCCUAUCGAAGGAGCAGUGGGAAAAGAGAAAACUGAAGGAGCCACAACAGACAAGAUGGAAGAAUCCCUCACAUGCAUCGUCUGCCAGGACCUGCUGCAUGACUGUGUCAGUCUUCAGCCCUGCAUGCACACAUUUUGCGCUGCCUGUUAUUCUGGCUGGAUGGAACGUUCCUCCUUCUGCCCCACCUGCCGAUGUCCUGUGGAGAGAAUCCGUAAAAACCACAUUCUCAACAACCUGGUGGAGGCUUACCUUCUUCAGCACCCAGAGAAGUGUCGGAGUGAAGAUGACUUGCGUAGCAUGGAUGCCCGGAACAAGAUCACGCAGGACAUGCUGCAGCCAAAAGUCGAGCGCUCCUUCUCGGACGAGGAGGGCAGUUCAGACUAUCUAUUUGAGCUCUCGGAUAAUGACAGCGACAUUUCUGACAUGAGUCAGCCCUACAUGAUGUGUCGGCAGUGUCCGGGCUAUCGGAAAGAGCUUAGCUCCGCCCUGUGGAUAUGUGAGCCUGCUCAAUCAGAGGGGCCAGCAAAAGUACCUGGAGACGGCCCCUCCACAUCCUCUGAUACCUCCACAGCUUCUCAGGAAUUCAGAUGUCCUCCUCAGGGCAGUCACCUCAUCUGCACCUGCUGCCUGCAGCCCAUGCCUGAUCGACGCUUCGAGUACCUUCCCCCUCAGAUGUCCCCGCAGCAUUGUAUGGUGUGCCAGAAACCUUUCUGUCAUGUGUACUGGGGCUGCCAGAGGAUCGGUUGUCACGGCUGCUUAUCACGUUUCAUCGAACUUAACCUUAAUGAUAAAUGUCUGGAUGGAGUUUUUAAUGGCAAUCAAUAUGAGUCUGAAGUCCUUCAGAACUACUUGACUUCUCGAGGAAUGAGCUGGAGGCACAUGCUACAGGAAGCGCUCCAGGCUGUACAGCAGGGCCUGUACCAUCUCUCUGAUUACAGAAUUACUGCCAACUCUUUCCUGUGCUACUGCUGUGGACUUCGCACUUUUAGAGAGCUGGCAUACAAAUACAGAGAGCGUAUUCCUCCGACAGAGCUGCCAGAUGCUGUGACCACCAGACCAGACUGUUACUGGGGACGCAACUGUCGGACUCAAGUGAAAGCACACCAUGCUCUGAAAUUCAACCACGUGUGCGAGCAGACGCGUUUUAAGAACUAAAGCUGAUGGAGCAACGCUUGAUUUGACAGCAGCGGUUUGGGAGGUUGACUAUCUCAGUAGCUUCAUCAUUAGCACACUUCUGGGUAACUGAUCUGCUGCGGGCAGGUGUUAUACCUGUUUUUCUCCUCUAGAUGGCAACUUUACAUAUGCAAAGUCAAUCAGAUGAUGAUAAACCAGUCAUCUUUGAAGUAUGGUGUCAACAUAUGGAAACAUUUGAUCUGGAUCUGCACUGUGUGUAGAGACAGACACUCAUUUUCCAUGAUGGAUUGGCCGUCACACUUUCAGUAUGCACACUUCAUUCCACUAUGGAUUCGGUUUUUUUUUUUUUUUUGCAAAAAGCUUUUUAGCUUAAACAUUAUACAAUAUACAAAUUAUAUAACUAACCUUUGGUGCCUAAGAGUUGACUGUAAGUGUUCUUUGUGCGCUUAUUUGCAUGUCACAUAGUUCUUCCAAAUUUUGACAUCUCAGUGUAUUACUUAUUAUUAUGUACUGCUCAAGACAUUUACAUGCUACUGAGAACACUGAAAAUGAUGUAUGUUAUAAAAAAGGGAUGAUUAUGUUCUAGAGGUGACUAUGAUCAAGUGCACUAAACUAUUACAUGUUAAGUAUUCAGCAUUGGUAGCUGCAUUUUGUUCUUCAUAAUUUUUCUAUGGGCAAUAAGCCUUGUGAAGUCAGAGCGCGAAGGUGUGUAUUUGUUCUUAUUUGCAAGGCUGUUCUAAAAAGGCAUAUGAGAUUAUUUUAUAAAUAUAUAGCACAAGACAGGUUUAUAUCACACUGCUGGGGAUAAUCAAGUUGAAUCUGAUUUAUAAUAAAGACUUUCGCAUGUCUUAUGAUUAUGGCGUUUUUGCUGUUGCCUCUGGGGAAAUGUUUAUAAAAAUUCAUAUGCAAACAAGGCCAGUUUUAGCUAGUCAGUGUUGCUUUUCCCAGUGUGUUCUUAGGUAGCUAACAUAUUUUUUUGGUUUUCCUUUCACUUGUAGGUUUGGUGGGGUUAUGUAGCUAGAUGAUAUGGCUGUUUAAUAGCUGUUUAAGUUUAAUGUACAUGCAACUGUUAGGUGAUUCAUUAAACAGUAACCACAAUCGGUGAUUUAAAUGUGGCAUAAAGCAUCAAUCCACAUUCAACUUUAACUUAGAAACUUUCCUUUGUUCAAGGUUGUUAUAAAACCCAUUUAAUACAUUUUCCGAAAACCUUGCAGGAAACUUUUUGCAUUACUGUUAGAUGAUAUUGUGGAAAAAAGGUGUGAUGCCCCUUAUUUUUUGCCUUGUGCCAUGUUUUUCGGGUCUGUGGUCCCUCACACCAUGACAUUCUUCAGAGGCUCAGAUUAGACUUCCUACAACCAUAGAGGUCAAAUCUCUACAACCCUCAACUGCUCUUUAAUGAAGGUGGACAGAAGGGCUCAGCACUCUAAAACCUCACACACUAAACUAAUGGCACCUGACAAAUGGCCACAUUUGGUGUAUUUGCUAAGUUGUGGUUUUACACGUGAUAACUCAUCCUACCCUUACUUUGGAAGUUUUUUUUGAGAAUGUACUUUUUUAAAGGUACCUUUUUUUUUUUUUUAAAGUAACUUUCCUCAAAUUUGAUCUGAUUGUAUAUUAACUAGUAUUCAAAACAUUCCUCUUUAUAAAAUAUGUAUAUACAUACAUAGGAUUAUUUGGCAUACCAGUUGAUGUACAAUCAUAUAUAUAUAUAUAUAUAAAAAAACAUUACCCCUUUCUAAAUAUCUGCAUACACAUGUUAAAGUUUUCUUUGAAACCAUAUACAGGCUCUUGUAUGCACCUAAAAGGUGGUUUUCGUUUAGUUGAAUGGUGUUAGGAUGUAAGCUCUAAAGCGGGUCUCGUACUAUGAACUCUUAAAAUCUGCAGGAAGGGUUGAGGGAUUUAUUGGGGGUUGGUCCCGAGUGUUAGAGAAGCUUUGGAGGCUGCUUUGCAUUUGCUGAAAGGGAAAUGUACUCCACAGCAAAUAUUUACUUGCGUGGGUGGGAUGUUUUUUUUUUUUUCUUUCAGAAAAGUUUUUUUUUUUUUUUUUCUACCUCAAAGUUUAAACUGGGGCUUCAUAUGGGGAGGAAAAAAAACUGUUUAUCAGUAUCUAUAGAGAAGCACAUAUAAUAGCACUGUAAGUUCCAUAGUUGAAUUUAGCACUUGCUGUGCCUCAUGUUUGUAAUGCCUAGAAAUAAAACCUUGUUUAAUUUACUGCACUAAUAAUAAAAGACUACAUAAAAUUA